AUGGUGAACUCCUCUUCGUCCACGGACGCCUGCGAAAGACUGGCACAGCAUGAUGAUGAUCAAACGGCAGUCGCACCGGACGCUUCGAGACUUCGAUCGACCGCCGGAGAACAGCAUCGAUUUUCAUUUGCUCGAUCUCUCUCAAUACCAGGAUUCUUGAGUCACAGAUCGUCCUUCUCCUCAAAUUCGGAUGAUAUGGAUAUUAAUCAAUUGAGCCUGAGUCUCGCUCAAGCUGGAUCAUUCCCUUCAGGGACACUUUUAGUACCGGGAGCGCCAUAUUACGAAGCCAACAGUCGAAGGCCCGCCACGAUUCAGAAGCAGCCGCUGGCUUCGGCAAUUGAGAGCUCAUCCUACGGCACCAUCGCCGAGAAUGCCGUAGAGACUGGUGAGACUGAGGACGCUGAGGAGCCUGGAAACAUCAAAUUCAUCGACAUCAGUCCAGGCCGGUUCUGGCUUGUCUUCGUGGUCAUUGCUCUUGGCUAUUUUCUUGCUUGCUUCGACUCAACGCUGAUGGCUUCCAGCCACCCAGUGAUCACAUCCUAUUUCGGAGCAUCCGAAGCAGCAUCAUGGCUGAGUACUGUAUUUCUGAUCACAAGUACGGCGUGUCAGCCACUCUUCGGCCGUGUCUCCGACACCAUUGGAAGGAAGCCUGUCUUCUUGUUGUCAUUCGCCGUUUUUGGCUUGACCACGGCCUGGUGUGCCCUUGCAGGCAGCAUUGAGAGUUUCAUUGCAGCAAGAGCAGUCUGCGGCCUCGGAGCUGGCGGAGUCCUAUCAAUGAGCCUGAUCAUCAUAAGUGAUCUUGUCCGGAUAGAGUAUCGCGGAGUCUUCCAAUCUCAUAUCAAUCUGGCAUUUGGGCUCGGCUCAGCAUCAGGCGCCGCCUUAGGUGGCUGGUUGUGUGAUGGUCUUGGUUGGAGAUGGGCAUUUGGUAUCCAGGUUCCCUUCAUAGGCCUUUGCUUCGUUCUGGCGGCCAUCUUCACUCCUUCGGAGCUUGGACCGAUGCUCAUCAAUGCAAGCGCAGACGGGGCCUGGAUUGCGCUCAGAAGUUUCGACUAUCUGGGUUCGGCGUCUCUGGUCAUUACGGUCACCUCACUCAUACUUGCACUCAAUUUGGGAGGCAACUUGUUUCCCUGGACAUCGCCACUGGUGAUCGCGUGCUUCGUCACAUUUGCGGUGGCCACUUGCGCCUUCAUCUUUGUCGAGAGCCGCGCUGGACAACCACUAAUGCCACUGCACUUGCUCAGCAAGCCGCCCAUUGCAAAUAUGGUUUUUGCUAACAUGCUCGGAGGCAUUGCUUCCAACACGGUCUUAUUCAAUCUGCCACUAUUCUUCCAGGCCCUAGUGGGUUCGCUUGCUGGUAUUUCGACAGGUUAUAUUAUCACAUAUACUCGACGGCUGAAGCCAACUCUGGUUGCUGGUGCUUUUCUCUACCUUUCGGGUUCGGUCGCAACGUGCUUCAUCACCAAGAGCACUUCUGAGGUUGCAAGUCUCAUCCUGAUUACAGGAGUGCCGUUGGGACAAGGAUUCGUCUUCCCCAAUACGAUGAUGAGCGCUCUCGCGGUCUCCAGCCAGGCAGAUCAGGCCGUUGUAACGACCACGAUCGGCUUGUGGAGGAAUUUGGGCGUCGUUUUGGGUGUCGCUCUCUCCAGUUUGGUUUUUCAAAAUAGCUUGACUGUCAAUCUGAGGUCGUUCGUCACAGGGCCAGGACGUGAUGAGAUCAUCCACUCUGUCCGCUCUUCUGUCGCGGCCAUAAAAUCUCUUCCACAGCCUGCGCGAGAUCAAGUGAUUGAUGCUUAUGCUUUAUCUCUGCGGACAACAUUUCUGUGUGCUAUCGCAGCGUCAGCGGUGCUGGUCAUUCUGAUCGUCCCGAUCAAGCUUCCGCGAUUGAGGAGAGGAGAACAGAUGGUCGUGAGUGCUGAGGAAUAG